GCUUUUCAUUAAUAUGUUUACUUGACAUUUAACCUGGUUAUAAACGUUUUAGAAUGUGUAUUGCUGUAUUCUUGCGUUUCAGGUAUGACAGGAUUUGAAAAAGACUGCUUGGAGGCUCACAAUGAAUAUCGCGCAAAACACGGAGUUCCACCUCUGAAAUGGAAUGCACAACUGAAAGCGGAUGCGCAGGAGUGGGCGAACCAUCUUGCUGACAUAAAUAACAUGGAGCAUGAUUACGAGAGCAUUAACAAGGGAUCCGGUGAAAACCUCGCCUAUUUCCAGCCUGGUGACCCAAAUAACAUGCCAACACAGUGUCAAGGACCCAAGAAUCCCUCUUGCGUCCAGUGCCGUGAAAUGGUCGCCGAUUGGUACUCCGAGGAAUCAAACUUUGACUACAACACGGGCAAAAGCAAGGGAGGGGUAAUCCUACAUUUUACUCAAGUAGUUUGGAAGGAGACCACAGAGCUGGGAAUGGCGACUGCCACCAGCGCAAACAAGUGGUUUUCUGUUGCGCGAUAUAAAAAACGAGGAAAUAUGGGCGAUUCAGAAGCUUUUAAAAAGAAUGUACCAAGGCCUCAGUAGGAGAGUGUAGUUUGUUUAUAUGGUAUAAUUAUAAUCAGUAAACCACAAUUUGAUGUUGUUUGACUGUUAAUAAUAUUGCACUUGUUGAGGGGCACAAAUAUUUCUUUCUCUUAACUUCAUGCUCGUCUCUCCAGGGUUGUCUUCUGUUCCAACGAUAUUAUCUAU